UUCCUCGUGAACACGGAGAACAGAAGCAGCGGGAUCGAAAGCUGCAGCGCUGAGUUCAUGGAUGUGUAAUGACUCCCGCUGUUCGUGCAGCGGGGUGAUGCUGGUCGCUGAGCCGAGGAGAGAGUGUUGGAUCCGGGACAGACGCAGACCGGGGACACCGUGGACACGAUUAUUUAAUGUUGUCCUCUUCCGCAUUUCUUUACUCCGACUCUUCAGCUCGAUAUUGUUGCAGCGUCACGUGCAGCGCGCAAACUGAUUUAAAACUCGCAUUACGACAGUGAUGAUCUCCCUCUCUGACCUGUCGUCCUGGCUCCUCUUGCCGUAGCAUAUUGUGGAUGUGGGAACACUGGUCUAGGAGCUGUUUCUCUGUCAGCCUGGAUGUUGGGUUUCAGUAGCACCAAGUGCCUUGCUUAAGGGUUCAUAUAUCCACACUGGAUCCCUGACCGGGAAUCGAACCCCCGAUCUCCUGUGCCAAAGUCAGUAGUGUCGACCACUGAGCUGAACUGACUUCUGUUACCUGAGGGAGAAGAUGAUCUGCUGCAUCCUGCUGCUCCUCACACUCACCUCCUGUGUCUGUGGAACAUUUGUAGUGAAUGUGACACAGAGCUCCUAUCAGGCAGAGGAGAACCACAACAUCACACUGGAGUGGAGCUUCACAACCAAACCUCACACUCCACCUGACUUCCUUAUUAUCUUCUGUGAGCUGUUUACUGAUCUCAGAGAAUCAGUCCUGUAUCAGCUACGUGAGGGUGUUGAGUCCCCAGAGUCUCAGGAUGAACAGUUUUCAGGACGAGUCCAGUGUGACAAAGACGUCCUCAGAGAAGGACGAAUCAGACUUCAUGUGUCCAGACUGAGGACUGAGGACUCAGGACUGUACAGGUGUCAGGUCCUCACCUCUGAUGGGAGGAACUUUGCUAAAUGUCGACUCAACGUCUCUGCAGCGAGGGAUCGGCCUGAACCUGAGACAGAACCUGAGACAGAACCUGAGACAGAACCUGGAGAACCAAACACAGCAAGUCGGGGAAGGAUCAACCUCUACUGUGAACUGAGAUUGACAGCAGCUGUUGUUCUGACUCUUUUUAUUCAUUCCUCCUGAGGAAAGUUUCAACUCAGCAGAAACAGUUUGAUCCACAAAGUAAGUAAAAGUGUCAGAAUUCAACUUUGUACCACAGACACUGAAAACACUGUUUUCCCCUUUAGUUUCUUCAGUAAGUGACUAUAAGAGCCACAGGACACUGUCAUCCAUCAUUGGCUGGACCUCAACAGUGGUAUGUGGUCCAGCCAAUAAUAAAGUGGUCAGUAAAGUCUGUGACUGACUGACUGAGAGAUGAAGUUACACCAUUGGUCGGUCCAGUGUUGGACUUUUCCCAUUGGCUCUUUCAAAAUGAUUUGGUGGGAACAGUUUCCAUUACGUCUUUUACAGUGGAAACAAUACACGGUCCAGUCAUACACUACAUCUAUACCUAGUCUUAUUUUGAAAGGACACCUUGUUAAACUGUGUCAGACAGAUGUGAAACGUGCACUGUGUUCACUUCAUGAAAUAACGCUGAGAAGCUUGUCUACUUUUACUGACUUACCCAUCAUGCACUUGACCUGAUGGUAUGAAACUGUAGCAGCUCACAGGAAGUGAUGCGACUGUUUGUAUUGUUGUUGAUGUUCUUCCAUUUACUGCCUGAAAACUGUAAAACUGUAUUUUUGAUUCUGAUUUUCUCCCUGUCUGUUACAGCUUGUUGUUAAAAUCUCCAGAGAAAAGCUGUGAGUUAACACUGUUGUUAAUGAGCACGGUCACUAGAGGAAGCUCUUUGUGCUCAUUUAGACCAUCAGACACUUUCCUGUUUUACCUCAAGUGUUUUCUUCAUGUAUGUUUCAGUAUCAUUGAACUUCUCUUGUCCCACACUCUGAAAUAGUAUUUCUGUAUUAAUCAAUGAAGAUAAUUUGUUGAAUCAACAAUUCCUGAAUGAUUUGUAAACUUAAAAAAAAAAAAAUUAAAUGAAUUUAACUUUUAAA